AUGGCACAUCUCGCACCGCCGCCCCCGAACAUCAACCUCCAAGAAACGAAGCGCCCGCGCAUGGUCGCCGUCUUUGCGGGGACAUGGGCGCUCGGAGUCCUCGCGACGCUUCUCCGUCUGUAUUGCAGGCGGCUUACGAAGAGCAGGCUGUGGCUGGACGACUGGCUGAUCAUUAUCUCCCUGUUCUUUUCCGCCGCUUUCAUGUUUGAUGUUACCGUCUGGAUGGCCAGCCAUGGUUUCGGACGGCACGUCUGGGUCGGUCCACCCGACGCACUGGAGGUUUGGGCGAAGGGGCUGUUCAUGGCCGUCUUCACAUACACGCUGAGCCUCGUGUUCAUCAAGUGGUCCAUCCUCGCGUGGUACUGGCGCCUUUUCCACAUCCAGAGCUACAUGAAGCCCCUCAUUUGGAUCCUCUUUGCCGUGGUGUGCAUUUGGGGCGUUGCAAAGAUCAUCGUGGUAAGCCUUGAAUGCUUUCCGAUAGAGGCAAUCUGGGAGGUUUUCGAUCCCGACAACCCGCUGGACCCCUCCGAGUACCACUGCGGCGUCGACAUUCACAAAUUCUUCCUCGGCAACGCUAUCCCGAACAUCAUCACCGAUAUAUUCAUCAUGGUGCUGCCAUUGCCGUAUAUAUUGAAGCUCCAUCUGCGCGUGUCACAGAAGGUGGCACUUUUCGGCAUCUUUGUCGUCGGCACCUUCGUGACGAUUGUGUCCGCAAUUCGGCUUGUCUUCGUGGUGGGCCUGGACCUUCAUUCCCCAGACAAGACCUGGAACCAGGCCGAAGAGAUGAUGUGGACAGGUGUCGAGGUCAACAUCGCCACAGUCUGCGCCAAUCUCCUUACCUUGCGCCCAAUCCUCAACCUCAUCCUCCACGGAACCGUCUACGUCGAGUCACAGCAGCACUCCGAAGCACUCAAUGUUCACAUCGAGGGCCUUGACCCGAGAAGGGAGAGCGGAACGGCCAGCAGUGUCGAAGAAGGGCUCAACGUCCAGUACACAGCCUUUUGCAACUAG